UCCUUGCAAACGUGCUCCAAAUCUGUCAGAUUGUGAGGGCAUGUCGAUAGCAAAGCCCCUUUAGGGUCACCCCUCACAUUUUCAUGAGUUUGGGUCAGGGUUGUGAGCUGUUACAAAAUAUUAUUUUUGUUUUCUGACCAUGUCAUUCUCCUCCUACUGGCCUUGGUCCAGAUGCUUGUUGACUUGUUUUGCUGUCGAUGAUUAUAGUAGUAGUAAUAGAAGUAAGGCAAAUGCGAAGAAUUAUGCAGUUCAAGGCCUUACAGUUCCCCUUCGAUCCUUUAGAUGGCGUUGCAGCACAUUAUAAAGCUGCUUACUGCCAAACGAAUUAAACAGAUAUAGUGCAGAUCCCUCCACCAAAGCAAAACAAUGAUUAUGAGAUGCACAUUAUUACUCCUAGCUGAGUAUAUUAUAAUACAGUAUGAGAUGUUUGUUAAAAACUGAAAUAAUUAAACAAAUCCAAUUGUCACAGUUUGAUUGAAGUUAUGUCCGAUAUGGUGCCACUCCUGUCCUCUAAUUGGCAGUAUUGUGAAUUAUAUAGUUGUUACUAACUGAAAAAAUGAAUGAAGAAUCACUCACUAUCCGCUAAAUACCAACUUUUCAAAUUUCCUCACACACACUUUGCAGAUGUCUGUAGUGAUGUUUUAAACACUUGGAAUUGUAUUUGAGUUUGGUGAAGUACAGUCGUCCCUCGCCACAUCCCGCUUCAAAUAUUGUGGUUUCACCACAUUGCAUGUACAGUAUAUAUAUAUAAAUAUUUUUUAACAUAUUGUACAACAUGUUUGCCCUAAAUUAACUAAAAAUAUUAAUACUAUACUCAGAUUACACUUUUUAGUAUUGUAGCCACUGAUUGGCUCAGCUUCAGACAGCAUUACUAUAUUAUAUGAAGAGUGUAAAGAUGACUAAAAGGUGUUAUUUUAUGUCUAGAGGGCUUUCGUAAUGCCCAUCCAUCCAUCCAUUUUCUACCGCUUGUCCCGUUCGGGGUCGCAGGGGGUGCUGGAGCCUAUCUCAGCUGCAUUCGGGCGGAAGGCGGGGUACACCCUGGACAAGUCGCCACCUCAUCACAGGGCCAACACAGAUAGACAGACAACAUUCACUCUCACAUUCACACACUAGGGCCAAUUUAGUGUUGCCAUUCAACCUAUCCCCAGGUGCAUGUUUUUGGCGGUGGGAGGAAGCCGGAGUACCCGGAGGGAACCCACGCAGUCACGGGGAGAACAUGCAAACUCCACACAGAAAAAUCCAGAGCCCGGGAUUGAACCCAGGACUACUCAGGACCUUCGUAUUGUGAGGCACAUGCAUUAACCCCUGAACCACCGUGCUGCCCUAAUGUUAAAGAAAAAAAAAAAAAAGUAUUCGGAAGGUAGAAAACAAUUUUUUUUGCGUUAGUUAUGCAAAUAUUUUAUUUAUAGUAAAUAAUUCCUUCUUCACGUCAGUUCGCAGUCUUGUCCGGUACCAAUCAACAGUGAUAAACAAUGGAUUACUGUAAACUGUACGUAAAUCGCCUAUCGUUAUACUGCCAUGUUUGGGACCCCAAAACCAGAAUAAUCCACUUCCCAAGACAAAAAAAGAUGUCUAUUACUGUUGACAAUGCUUUCUGAUCAUGCAAACAUAUCUUCUAAAUAAUAUGUAGACUAUAUAUUCCUAACAAUCCUCUAUCUGUUUUACACCUUUUUUAUACUUACUAAGCCACACGCCCAGCCAAAGUUCAAGUUGGCCGUUACGUUCACUGCCUCUCUUGUGGUUCCAUUUUAAUGACCGUGACUGAAUGACUGAGUGACAGUCACUUAUGGAAGGGUUCUCAUAAACUUGUAAUUUCUUACUGUGUCAUCACGCCAGGACUCCUUAAAAGUGUCAUGAAGGUUAAAGUACACUUCACUUGAACUCCGCAUUCUGCCAUGUGAGGGAAAAUACAUUUUUUGUGACAUUUUGAUUCAAGGUUUAAACAGAGCUUAUGAAGUUGUAAUUACAGGACAGUUUAAGGCUAUUUUGUUAACAAUUGAAGAGGAAUCUCAGGAGCCAUGGAGGAAGCUGACAACCGUACCAUUGAUCCAGCUUGUUUACAGGAGCCCCCGUUGGCAAUGGAUGUUCUAAAGCGUAAGUGUUUCCUAUCACAAAGCCACACUGAGCAUCUGGGAGCCUCAAAUGUGUAUUAUGAAUGGUGCUGCUUUUUAUGUAUGUUGUCUUCACCUUCUCAGCCCAAAAUAACUGUAGCAACAACAGACUUUUAAGCUGUAAUACACUUCCUGUUAUACGAAUCAGGCUUACGAUUUACAAUUUCUUAUUUCAUGUGCCACUCAUUGUAAACUUUACAUUGACCCCACUCUGCUAUUUUGGGUUGUUCGCUUCAGAGCUAGAUGCAUUUGGGAUGUGCCUGUACGCCAUGCUCACCUUCAUGUCCUGCAUCUCCCUGCUGCUCUACCUGGAGCAGUGUGUUUACAUCUAUAAGAAACUGCCCUACCCCAAAAAGACCACCAUCAUGUGGGUCAAUGGAGCCGCUCCGGUCAUUGCCACUAUGGCUUGUUUCGGGAUGUGGAUCCCCAGGGCCGUCAUGUUUACAGAUAUGACGUCAAACUGUUAUUUUGCAGUAGUGGUGUACAAAGUGUUGGUCCUUCUGAUAGAGGAGUUGGGUGGCAGCAGUGUGUUUCUGAAGCGCUUUUCUGGAAAAACUUUCAAGAUAACAACAGGGCCGUGCUGCUGCUGCUGCCUGUGUUUACCUCGCGUGCCCAUGACACGGCGAUUGCUAUUCUUGCUGAAGUUGGGUGCACUUCAGUAUGCCAUCCUAAAGACUGUGCUCAGUGUCCUCUCCAUAGUACUGUGGACAAACGGCUACUUUGACCUCUCAGAUCUGGAGAUCACUGGCACAGCAAUUUGGAUCAACCCGUUCAUUGGCGUUCUCACCAUUACCUCCUUGUGGCCUGUAGCCAUCGUGUUCAUGAACACCAACAGCUUUCUACGCAUGAUCAAUAUUGUGCCCAAAUAUGCCAUGUACCAACUAAUACUUGUAUUAAGCCAGCUGCAGACAUCCAUCAUCAACAUCCUGGCUCUGGACGGAACCAUUGCCUGCUCCCCUCCUUUCUCUUCGCAAGCUCGUGGAUCUAUGCUAAGUCAGCAGAUGAUGAUCAUGGAGAUGUUCAUCAUCACCCUGGUCACUCGCUUUUUCUACCGUCGUACUUAUGACACGCUUGCCUGUGAAGCACAUGACAGCAACCACCAGAAGGACAGAGUUUCCCUGCAAGCUGCUCACAUGGAGCACAAUGUCUGAACGAGUGUGUCUCAAAGAGGCUCUUUAUCCGAGGUACCGGCUACUUAAUCAGGUUAUGUGAUGCAACACUACCUCAUUGUCACUUGGAAGGGAAUCACUCCACUAAUUAUCAUCUGAAUAAACUUUGAAAGUUAAUUUUUUCAAGCUCUUAUCAGGCAUUAUGGAGAACUAACAAAAAACUACGGAAACAUUUUCACAGGAUGCACUAAUUUUUUAAGUUUUAAAAGCGUCUGAGUGACAUUAAGAGUCAUCGUGCAUUAUGGAGUAUAUAGUUAUCGGACACUUCAUUAGGAACACCUGCACAAGAUAUUAAGACUAUCAAAAUAUCAAUAAUGCUUGCUAUUAUAUUGUAUUAUCGUAGUUGCAUCAUACUGCUCAAUGAUGUAUGUACCGUAUUUUUCAGACUAUAAGUCGCUACUUUUUCCCAUGCUUUGAACCCUGCAACUUAUAAAGCGGUGCGGCUGAUUUAUGGAUUUUUCUUCGUUAAUGGCCAUAAUGUUUUGUAUUCAACAAAUACUUUUCAUAGAACACGGACAGAGACACUGAACGUGUGUUAUUGUUUGUGCUCAAGGAACUGUCUUUUGGACGAGUUUGCUCACUGCGGGGUGGUGCAAGUUAAAAAUGUUCUUCCUAUUUUGUUCCUUUUAACCGAAAGUAUUCGUCUAUAGCGUUUUUGCUCGAAAGGAUUCUUCAUUUAGGCGGUAUAGCUCGGUUGGUAGAGUGGCCGUGCCAGCAACUUAAGGGUUCCAGGUUCGAUCCCCGCUUCUGCCAUCCUCGUCACUGCCGUUGUGUCCUUGGGCAAGACACUUUACUCACCUGCUCCCAGUGCCACCCACACUGGUUUAAAUGUAACUUAGAUAUUGGGUUUCACAAUGUAAAGCGCUUUGAGUCACUAGAGAAAGGCGCUAUAUAAAUAUAAUUCACUUCAUUUCACAUUUAUCAUUCCAAGCAACGUUUGUAAGUUUUACAAUAUAACUAAAAUAAUUCAUUCUUGCUAAACCCUCCUGUGUGUGAUGUCUGUAGGAGUGUUAUAAUGUAUAUUUUUACGUGCUAUUGUAAUGUAAUCAAGCUAGCUUUGUUAGCAUUAGCGAAUAUGCUAACACGUUUGCAAAUUUCUGUGUUAGUAUUAUUAACUUACAAUGGCAUUCUUUUUGUAUUGUUUCCGUUUUGUAAAUUCAACAAAACGUCACUGUGGAGUUAUUGAGUCUGCUUAGCUGAUUGGAGAGCUAGCUUCCGCAGCUAGCGGGUCCAUGACAAUGACUUAUGUUUUUUUUUAAAUCAGCCAUUUUACAGCCGUGUUACAGGCACCGUUUGGAAACAAUUAAGGUAUGUAAACAAAUAUUUACAAAAUCUUUCGUUACCGAUAUAUAUCUGUGGCUUAUAGUGCAGUGCAGCAAAUAUAUGUAAACAUUUAUUUCUUAUAAAAUAUGGUGGGUGCAGCUUCAAUGCCGGUGCGCUCCACAGCCCGAAAUAUUCGCUAGUAAGCGAUAAAAUGCGCUUUAAAACUAACUCCAAUAUUUGCAUAAAAUAAUGUUUGCAUCAUUAUCUGUAAAGGUAUCAUUAUUGAUGUUCUUGUAUUGUAUCUUAUUCGAUAAAAUAAGUGAAAGUGUCCAGUGGGUUUAAAGAGCACUUAUUUAUUUUAGCCAUUAUUACUAUAAAUAGCAUUUCUUAAUGCCCUAAACAUUCUGUUUUUCAUUCUGUAAUGUAUGUUCCUUACAUGCAAGUUUACUUUGUAGGGUAUAAAAGUGAAAACCUAUUUCAUCAUCAUGUUUAUGGAGAAUCAAGUGUUAGGCCUUGUCAUGUGUACUGUAUGUCUGCACAUCUGCAUCGUACUCGCCUCAAACCUUAUGAUAUCUGUGAACAAAAGGUUUAUUUAAAGAGAGCUGACCCACUUAUAUAAACAUUAGAGCAGGAAAUUUUACUUCUGAUGUGAAUGAGGCUGCAGCUUUUCUUGCUGUUCAUCCAAAGCCCACAAGAGAGCGUGUUUCACUUCAAAACCUCAAUUAUUGACCUGAAAAUAAAGAAGUAUGCCCUCUCUCUAUCAUCCCCUCAUAUGAAUCAUUUAUAUACUCGUUUAUAUGCAGGGCGUCAGCAGAGAUGAUGAAGAGGCACAAAAUGAAAUUUGGUUUAGAGAAGUUUGCCUGCAAACAAACUGGUUAUAGUUAUUUUAGUUACACGUAAAGAUUAUGCAUAUAUUAUUCAAAUAGUAUUGAGGUAUAUGAAUAUACUAUGUGUACAUGCACAUAUGUACAUGUAUAUACUCUAG